GUCCGGCCCGCUUGGCCUCGGCGGCAACGGCUGAGGCGAAGGCGCGCGAAGGGAUCUGCUGCAGCUGGGAGGGGAGCUGGCCCGGACAUCACAAGCUGUCCAGGAGGCAAGCCUGGGACUGAGCACGGGCCUGCAGCUGGCAGAGAGCCGGACCGAGGCAGCCCUGGAGAAGCAGGCCCUGCUGCAGGCCCAGCUGGAGGAGCAGCUGCAGGACAAGGUGCUCCGCGAGAAGGACCUGGCCCAGCAGCAGAUGCAAAGCGACCUGGACAAGGCUGACCUCAGUGCCAGAGUGACAGAGCUGGGCCUGGCAGUGGAGCGUCUUCAGAAGCAGAAUCUGGAGAAGGAUCAGGUCAACAAGGACAUCACCGAGAAGCUUGAGGCCCUGGUCAUCCUGUGCUUUGUUGAGAGCCGCGUCCAGCUGAGCGUCUCCAAGCGUCCCCCAGUGAGAGCCUGCGGGGGCUCUCGGGCCAGUGGACCCCGUCCCCACCGCGGCGCUCCUAGCCAGGCCGAGGUCGUUCGCCCCGCCGAGGCCCCUCUCCCCGGCCUGCUCAGACUCCUCCAAGCUCGCCCUAAUCCACUCCGCCCUGCACAAGUGGCAGCUGCAGAUCCAGGCAAUCUGAAGGCAAAUCCUGUUUAAACCCAGGGGAACGUUCCUGGUGUUCCAGGCUCUUACCAGCCAAUUCUCCCUUCCUGUCCUCCUGAGGGUGUCUGGAGCUUCAGUGCUAUGUGCUCUUGGCCUCCACGCUGGGGUGCUACUGACUCCCACUGUCCAGCGCUUCCAGUGGACACCGAGGCACCGAUGCAGAAACUUCCCCAUUCGGUGCACCAAGAGCAGCCUCACAGGGUGUGGGCCGACAUGAAGAGCUGCCAGAUCCAACAGGUGAAAAUCCCGAGGCAUUGCCGGCUCGAUGGGGUCAGAGAGUCCUCUUUCUAUGAUGACUCAGAUGUGAAGGGAAGAUGCCAAGGUCCCUAAACAUCGCAGGGCCUUGCCUGGCAUGAAACAGAUAUGAGAUAAGUAUUUGUUAAAUGAAUGAACAAAUAUUCACAGCGUGUGCUGCCCACGACCUGCAGUGCCGUGGUCAGGUGGAAGUGAUUUUACUUCAGGAGAGGACAGUGUUCUCUCCAGGACUUUUCCUGAGUAGCGAGAUCUGCAUCCGUCUCCUCGCUCUUCCCCUCUCACCCCCAUUGUCUGCCCCCUUUUCUCGCUGUUUCCACCCUGCUGUCCCCUUUCGCCUGCUUUCUCCUUUUAGCUUUCUUGGCUCAUCCCCUCCCUGUCCCCCCGCAUCCCCCAGGCUCAGGCCCCUACUCUCUCCUGGAUGGGGAGAUGUGUCUGGUUUUAGGCAGUGUCCUCUAGAUGUGUCCAGGAUGGGGAAACAUGGCUCAGUUGACAGUCUAAUGGGUUAAAAGAGUGGCCACUUUUGAAGGCUUGUCCCAUCUCCCCUUCCAGAAUCCUGUAGGACUUAGAAUUUAUGGGCCACAGUGGAACUCUUGGUUCCCCAGGAGCUUGUGGUGGAUGCCUUCUUUCCCUGAGCUUUCAUGGGGUGACUAUUAGGUAGCAGGCCCUGCUCUGGGCUAGAGGCCCCAUAAUGAAUAAAUCUCAGGUCACUACCCCACGGAACCCACCACUGCAGGCAUUGAGAGGGGGAGAAAGAAAGGGGCAUGGCCUGUUUGUGUCCUUCUCACGGGGCCGCCUACCAGGUCCCGGGGGAGUGGGAGCCAGUGCAAGGAGAGAAGUCCAGUGAGAAAGGCAAAUGGAUGACAUCAGACUGAGGGGCUGAGGCCCCCAAAUGCAGCCAGGUAGAUCUGGAGUUUGGCAACAGUGGGCGAGACAGAAUGUGUUUCAGAGGAGGAGGAAGGGGUUGUACCCCAUGGAAACAAUGUAUGGUUUUACGGUAGUGCGUCUUUCUCUAAUCACCAGUUAGCGUGUUCCUGUUAAUGGAAAAUAUUGGUGGUAUACGUUCCCCAAUGUUCUCAUAUUCGUGUAAAUUUGUUCCCUCCCUCCCUCCCUUUCUCCCUCCCUCUCUCCCUCCCUGCCUCCCUUCC